GAAGAAUUUUAAAAAAUUUACAAAUCAAACACACCUUUUCUCUUUAUUCAACUCUUCAACUUCAACUUAUUUUGAAAAUCUGAAAAGAUGUUUGGAGUAGCUUCAUAUGUGUUAAACACAGCUUCUAGUUUAGUUUACGGUCCAACACCUCUACCAAACUCAUCCACUUCAUCUACUUCUCAUUUAUCUUCAUCAGGACUAAAGAAAUCCAAAACGAAAAAACAAUCCAGAUCAUCAUUUCAUCAUAAAACUCAUUCCACUCCUAACCCAAACUCAAGUCUAAAUCCAGAAGAUCAUUAUCGAAGAUCAACCAGUCAAUCAUCUCAACGUAAACCUACUUCAUCUUCUACAUCUACUUCAAAUCGAAGUACUUCGACUUCACAUCAUCAUCAUCAUCAUCCUUCGUUUUCUAGAUUCAGAUCGAAUGGUGAAAGAGGACCUGGAUACGAUUUAGUAGAUCAAAUCAAUCAUGAUGAAGACCUUUAUUUCGUACUAGGCUUUCAUCAAUACAAUUUCUAUAAUCGUUAUCAAAUCAAAUUUGAAGAUAUCCGUAAAGCAUACAUCACCAGAUCUAGAUUAUGUCAUCCUGAUAAAUUACCGCUUUAUAAGCCUUGUACUUCUGCAUUUCAAAAAUUAAGUUUUGCUUAUGAAACGUUGUCUAAACCUUCUAGUAGAAGAUUAUAUGAUUUGAAUGGUCAUACUUCUUUUAAUCAAUCAUCUGAAAGGUAUAAAGCUUAUAGAGGGAAUGCGAAUGGAUCUAAUCCAAAUCAAACUAGUAGUGGUGAUGAAACUUUAAAUAGUGUUUUACAUUCUACUUUUUGUGAAUUUAUGGAUGGUGAUUUUGAAAUGAUUAGAGUUUUAAUCAAUGCAUUGAAUGAAGGAAAUCCGGGUUUGAAUUUAGGAGAAGAAGCUAUCAAUAACCUAGAAACGAGUUUUAAAAAACUACGAACGAUCUUAUUAACCGGACAAAAAUAUAUGAAAGUGAUUCGAUUUGAAUUAAUCAAAUUAUAUGAGAUCCAAUCGAGUUUACGUAGUUUAAGUUAUUUAAAUGUCUUAGGAAGAGUUAGAUUAAGUUUAGCAUUAGCAAGAGUAACUUUGAGUAUACCGAUGAGGAUUGAUCAAGUGAUGAGAGAAAAAGAUUCGGAAGAAGGAGGAGAAGAAGAAGGGUUGAAGGAUGAACAGAAUGAAGAUCAACCAAGGAAAAGAAGAGUUCAAGCCAAUCGGAAUUCAGGGAUCUUACCUAGAGGUGUAGCAGGUUUGUUAGAAGCUACAGUAGCUGUACUAGAGUGUGGUGAAAGAGCUACGAUGUGGGGUUCUGGGGGUGCUUCUUCUGGUGCUUCUUAUGAAGAAGAAGCCAAUUCAACAGAAGAAUAUAAAUCAAAGUUUAAUGAACGUUCAGCUUCUGAUUCGAUUCCUAAGUAUUCUAGACCGACUCCUUUGAAACGAAACGAAUCAAAUCAAUCAAACCAAUCUGAUCAAUCUUUUAGACAUGAAAAUUUCGAUCCUACUACUUCAAACACCACCACUAAUAUCAAUGAAGAAGAAAAAGUUAAAUUGAAAUCUAAAGAGAAACAAAAGGAGAAAGAGAAAAGAUCUGAACCUCAUUCAUUAAGAAGAUCUAAAUCUACUAAUGGUCGGGUUUAGAAAUCUUUUUCAUCAAUCAAUCAAUUAAUUAAUUGCAAUUUAACUUUUGAUCAUCUUUGUGUUGAUGUGAAGAAUUCUUUGUUUCCUUUGUUUGAAGUUCGAUUACCACCCAUUCCAAAGUGUGUGAUUGAUACAAUUUCUUUUAAGUUGAUUCUUACCAACUGCAUUCUUAAGCUUUAAUUUUUUUCUCACUCUAUAUCUCUUUUUAUUUUUUAUACAUCUAUCUAUCUAUCUAUCUAUAUAUAUCAAUCUUAUCACUGUUUUUGUUUGGUGUUGUACAUAUUUGAUGAUCUAUUUAUAGACUUCUUUUUUAUUUCUUAUUUUUUUUUGGUUGAAGGUUCUAAUGGGCAUUUUUAAUGGUAGUUCAAGUUGUGUGAAUGGAUUUCAUUUUGGUUUGAGUGAUUUGGUUUUUUUGUCCAAGUAUGUAUGGUUGUAUGUAUUCUCAUUUUGUGUUGUUUUAAUGAAUUUAUUUAGAGAAUGAAUGAUGAUUAAAAGAAGAAGAAUCAAAUUG